UGGAGGCUCCGGCGGACACUCCGGCGCGGCGCAACCCGAAGGCCCCACGGGGCGUCCCUUCUGUGGCCAGGGACGCCGAGGCUCAGAGACGGACAUUCGCACGCGGAUCACGGAGGCGGAACUUCCCGUUUCCGCCGGCCCGGGUAACCUCCCGGACACCGCCCCUGGCCCAGCGACGUGUUCCCUCCGUCAGCCUGCCUUUUGGCCAUCUGGCUCAGCUGUCCCAUCAUUGCAGAGCCUUGUGACCUUUGAAGAUGUGGCUGUAUAUUUCUCCCAGGAUGAGUGGGGGCUCCUUGAUGCAGCCCAGAGGCACCUGUACCACAAAGUGAUGCUGGAGAACUUUGAGCUCAUGACCUCACUUGGUUGUUGGCAUGGACUGGAGGGUGAGGAGGCCCAUCCCAAGCAGAAUGUUUCUAUAGAAGAGGUGUCACAGGUCAAGAUCUCCAAUGCAGACCUUUCCACCCAGAAGGUUAACUCCUGUGACAUGUGUGGGCCAUUCUUGAAAGACAUUUUGCACCUAGCUGAGCAUCAGAGAACACACCCUAAGGAGAAAGCCUACACAUGUGGAACAUGUGGGAGAGACUUUGGGUUCAAUGUAGACCUUCAGCAGGACCAGAAGGAGCUCAGCAGAGAGAAGCCCUUCAGAUGGUACAAGGACAGGGAUUCAUUUGUGAAGAGCUCUAAUGUCCACCUGUCAGAGAAGCCCUUUGCUUGCGGGGAAGGUAGGAAGGCCAUUCUGGACAGCCAUGAUCUCCAGCAUCAGGCCAUUGACAGCAGGACAAAGCCAUAUUUCAAUUUUGGACAGCUCCCAGAAAUCCAUACCACACAGAAACUCUUUAAGAGCAACAACUGUGGAAAAGCCUUCCUAAAGACCUCCACCCUCCCCAACCACCUGAGAACUCAUUCUGGUGAGAAAUCAACCUUUGUUAAUCAAAUAUUGCACACUGCAGAAAUAUUCCAUGUGUGUAAGGAGUGUGGGAAGGCCUUUAGUAACCUGUCUAAAUUGAGGAAGCACCAGAACUUUCACACUGGAGUAAAAUAUUAUGAGUGCAGUGAAUGUGGGAAAACUUUCAGCCACAAACUCAUAUUUGUUCAUCAUCAGAGAAUUCACACAGGAGAAAGACCUUAUGAGUGUGGUGACUGUGGGAAAGCCUUCAAUAACAGGUCACACCUCAUUCGGCAUGAGAAAGUUCACACUGGAGAAAGGCCUUUUGAGUGCCUCAAAUGUGGAAGAGCCUUCAGCCAAAGCUCCAAUUUCCUUCGGCACCAGAAAGUUCAUACCCAAGUAAGACCUUAUGAGUGCAAUCAAUGUGGUAAAUCCUUCAGCCGAAGCUCUGCUCUCAUUCAGCACUGGAGAGUUCACACUGGAGAAAAACCUUAUGAGUGCAGUGAGUGUGGAAGAGCUUUUAACAAUAACUCCAACCUUGCUCAGCACCAGAAAGUUCAUACCGGAGAACGUCCAUUUGAGUGCAGCGAAUGUGGAAGAGACUUCAGCCAAAGCUCCCACCUUCUUCGACAUCAGAAAGUUCACACUGGAGAACGGCCCUUUGAAUGCAGUGAAUGUGGUAAAGCCUUCAACAAUAGCUCUACCCUCAUUCAGCACCAGAAAGUACAUGCUGGGCAAAAGCCUCAUGAGUGCAGUGAAUGUAGAAAGGCCUUCAGCCGCAGCUCCAGCCUAAUUCAGCACUGGAGAAUUCACACUGGAGAAAGGCCUUAUGAGUGCAAUGAGUGUGGGAAAGCCUUUGCUCACAGCUCCAGUCUCAUUGAGCACUGGAGAGUUCACACAAAAGAAAAGCCUUAUGAGUGCAAUGAAUGUGGGAAAUUCUUUAGCCAAAACUCCAUUCUCAUUAAACAUCAGAAAGUUCACACUGGAGAAAAGCCUUAUAAGUGCAGUGAAUGUGGGAAAUUCUUUAGCCGAAAGUCCAGCCUCAUUUAUCACUGGAGAGUUCACACUGGUGAAAGGCCUUAUGAAUGCAUUGAAUGCAGGAGAACCUUCAGCAGUAACUCCCACCUGGUUCGUCAUCAGAGAGUUCACACACAAGAAAGGCCCCAUGAGUGCAGCCAGUGUGGGAAAGCUUUUAGUGAGAGAUCCACACUUGUUCGACACCAGAGAGUUCAUAACAGAGAAAGGACUUAUGAGUGCAGCCAAUGUGGGAAAAUCUUCAGCCGCCUUUGUAACCUUGCUCAGCAUAAAAGGAUUCAUUCCUAAGUGGAUCUUUAUGGAAGCAGAGUUUGUGAGAAAAUUUUCAGCCAAGUCAAACUUCAUGCAGCAGAAUCCCUGCCCCAGAGAAAUUACCUAUAUGUGCUACUAAUGUGGAAAAGCCUUUAGAAGCUACUCUAUCCUUUCUGAUUAGCCCAGGAACCUUGGCAGAGCCAUCUCACCCUAGAACAUAAAACAGAAUCCAUAACCACUUUCUAUCCUGCCUGGAUCCAGAUAUUUUCAGCAGUCCUCUCCUCAUGCAUGGGCAAAACAGCUCCUUUUGUCUCCUUUCCCCUUUCCUGGAGGGAAAUCAAGAUUGUCCUCAGCCCACUGCAGGUGGACUUCAAGAGAACAUCUCUGCUUCGAGGAAGCAUGCUCCUGCACAACCCAACAGCCCAUGCAAGAAGGGACAGGAAUGACGUCCUGAACAUGGUGGCAUCCAGGUGAAAGGUGAUGUGCUUAUACUACAGCAAGUCCAUAUCUUACACUCCAGGUCAGCCAGUGCAGACUAUGGAGAAGGGCAUGUUAAAAUUCGUCAGUGGUACUGGCAGAGAGAUAGCCAUGCAGAUCACGUAUCCCUCAAGAAAUGGCACAAUUGGCAACUGUGACAAGAGCUUAACCUUUUA